GAUAUGUUUUAAAUAUUUGUAUAUUUCUGCAUUGUUAUCACCUGUUAUUACUAUGGAAAAGGCUUAUUAUUAUUGUCACAGUCAUCCGCGAGGCUCCAUAUCCGCAACAAGAUCAGAUCAGAGCAGACAUUCAGCUGAGGCCUCCAGGAGGCUCUGAUCUGAUCUCAUGUGUUUGGAGCUGAAAAUCCUUUCCAGACUUCUGUCAUUUCCGUUUUUCCCCCUUCUUGUAGAUGUUUGCGCAGAAACAAUUCUAGAUCGUGGACAAAACGUGUGAAGAAAUGAGUUGACUGUGUAACUUGAGUUAUUUGAAGUUGCCUCAUUUCCGUCUCUGUCUGUGGACGCAGAAUACAAAGAAACGAGAUGUUUCUCUCCUCUUCGGCAGCCAUGGAGAUGAAGGCCAUCAUCAUCAUCAUCAUCAUGUUCCAUCAUCCCGGAUGUGGAGGGAACAUCCUCCAAAGUGGAAAGGGGGCUGGACAGCGUGCGUCGUGAGGGAGCCGAGAGAGCAUCAGGAGAACAGCUGCUCUUUCCUUCCUCGUGGCUGGUCCCGCCGCGCGCGCGCGUUUCUCCUGCGGAUCCUUUGGGUUCUCCUCUGUUCCUCCAGCUGGAGAACCGGCGCGGAGGUGAAGCCUGCGGAGAUCCAGGUGCUGUCAGAGUUCACCCCGGACUGGCUGAAGGCUCCAUGGAAAGCAACAGCACCCCUCGGGGCUGCGGCCCCAAUGUGGACUCCCUCUACUACAACCUGUGUGACCUGAGCGCAGCGUGGGGCAUCGUGCUGGAGGCCUUAGCAGCAGCUGGAAUCAUCUUCUCCUUUGUGCUCUUCAUCUCCCUGCUGGCCAGCAUGCCUUUCAUCAGAAGCAGCAGACAGAGGAGCUCCGUUCCUCUUCAUACCGGGUUCCUGGUCUGCACCGCUGGCCUCUUUUGCCUGACAUUUGCCUUUAUUGUAGGAAAAAAUUUUGCCACCUGCGCCUCACGUAGGUUCCUGUUCGGCGUGCUGUUUGGAGGCUGCUUUGCUUGCCUCCUGAUGCAGUGUGUGAGGUUAAACAUCCUAGCCAGAAGGAACAGCGGGCCCCGAGCCUGGGGGUUGUGUCUCGGAGCUCUGGGGCUGUGGCUGGUAGAGGUGGUCAUCAACACAGAAUGGCUUAUCAUCACCGUGGUACGGCAUCCAGUGACGUUGGUCACUGCUACAGGUGUAGCCGACAGAGCCACAGCCACACCGUGCAACAUCGCCAACCAAGACUUUGUCAUGGCGCUGAUCUAUGUGAUGAUCCUGAUUCUGGCUGUAGUGGUGGCAAGCCUGUCCAUAAUGGGAGGCAAACACACGGCGUGGAAGAAAGAGGGCGCGCUGGUGCUCGUAGCAAGCCUGCUCUCUGUCUGCAUUUGGCUGGCGUGGAUCGUCAUGUACGUCUACGGAAACGAGAGAACUGGAGGUCCCACCUGGGAUGACCCCACUUUGGCAAUCGCUUUGGUGUCAAAUGCGUGGGUGUUUAUUGUCGUCUACACAAUUCCACAAAUCUGCUGUUUGAGCAGCGACGAUGAGAGCCAGCAAGACUAUGAAGAUCCUCACUUGUCUGACCGAGUCGGAUACGAAACCAUCUUGAAGGAGCAGAAGAAGAACACGCACAACAUGUUUGUGGAAAAUAAGGCUUUCUCCAUGGACGAGCCCAGCAGAGGACCCAAGUUCGUGUCUCCGUACAGCGGCUACACUGGUCAGGUGCGUACUUCAGUCUACCAACCCACUGAGCUGGCUCUUAUGACCAAAGCAGUGGGAACUCAACCUCCGGACCAGAACCACGAAAUGAUCAUUCCCAGAGCUACUGUAGGAUCAGCCGUCAACAGCAGGGGCAGCACCCCCCCGGCACACACACAUGCAAGCGGUACAGGCUUGCAGAGGACAGCCCAGUGGUGAACGUGUCACCUCUUAUUUGCACUCACUACAUUUGCUGUGAUCCCUGAACCCUUGAUAGGGAAGUGGGGGCACCCUUCUGAUGGAUGUGACAUCAACCUUCUAUUGAAUGAUUUUCCAAAGGCCUCCAGGCAUCAGACAGUCAGAGCAGCUGGCUCUGGGUUGGGCUUUGCUUCAGAACAAAGAUUUACAGACGUCACCUUUUGCUGAGAGUCCACUCUGAUGAAAGGAGGUGGAGCUGAUGUUCUGAAAACUGUGAAAGCAGCUGGUCCAAACGAAAGCUUGGAUGGGAUAUUUACUCUGUAAUCACAAUGCACCAAGUCAUUGCAUUCAGUUAGAGGAUACAUAGCCUAAACUUGAAAAAUAAUUUAUAUUAAUUUAGUAAUAAUCAUCCACUAUUAAGCUUAUUAUAGUAGUAAUUAUGCAUCACAGGAAACCUGGUUACUGCUGUCUUUACUCACAUUCAACAGAAAAAUGUGGCUUCUGGUUUUAAAGUGCAUGUUCUGAAAUGUAAGCUAUUUCCCAAUGGUGGGAUCAAUUAAAGUUCUAUCUAUGUAUGUCAUUGAUUCUACUCUGUUUGGGUCUACUAUAAUGUACCAAUAUGUAUAUUUAAUUUAAAUUAGGACUUUGUGUUAUUUAAAUAAAUUCUAUGAAUCAAAGAUUUACUUUUA